AUUUGAUUGGAGGAAUCACUGAUAUCACUCAAACCCAAGUUAACGGUGACAACAACAAGAACAAAAUAGUUUUUUCAAUUGUAGAUGCCAGCAAAACAGUUGUACAAUGUACUCUUUGGGGGCAACUUGCAGUUCAGCUAUAUGAGUAUUAUAAAAAUAAUAAGCAAGCCUCUAAUAUUGUCAUUGUGCUAAUCAAUGCAAGGGUUAAAGAGGCUCAAGGAGGAUUUCCAGUUAGUGUUUCCAACACAUGGAAUGGAACGAAACUGUUGAUUAAUGACCCUGCUAUUGAGGAAGUCAAGAGUCUAAAAGAAAGACUUGGUGUUGAUUUGCCUUUGUUAUCAUCUUCAAGUGUACAAGUUGAGGCAACGCAAAACUCAUUUUAUUCUGACUAUGACAAGUUUGUUUGGAAGGCUGAAAUAAUGAGUCUCUCUGAAAUAACAAAUCUGCAACAUGAAACAACCUGUGUUACCGUUGCUACCCUCGAUAAGUUUGAUGCUGGGCAGAUGGGAUGGUACUAUGAUGGAUGUGUGGAAUGCACAAGGAGUGUGACUGCCAAAGAUGGAAAGCUGAAGUGUUUUAAAGAGCAUAUUAGCCCAGAACCUGUGCCACGGUAUAAGCUUGAUAUAACGGCUGUUGACGACAGUUCGAAGGCAAAGUUCGUCUUUUGGGACACAGACUGCGUGAAGUUGAUUGGGAAGUCUGCUCUUCAAAUGAAGAUGGAUUUAACUCAGUCUGGUGAUUACGAUCCACUUGAAUUCCCUUACGAACUUGACUCAAUACUAAAAAAUGAAUUGGCAAUUAGAGCUGUUUAUCAGCCCAAAAAUGGUCGACUUCCAGUGAUUGGCUUCAAAACUGAUGAAGAUGUGCGUAAUAAAAUUAAGGACAGUUUCAAAUUUAAAGAGGAACAUAUAUCUACAUCUGCAGAAAAUGACCUGACCAUUGAAAAUUCAGGACUCACUCCAUGUAAGAGACUUAUAAAUGAUGCAAUAGAAGAUAAUGAUAGUGUACAACAAUCAUCAACCAAGAUUGCCAGAGAUAUUAAAAAGGAGAAAUAUUUUAAAGGUGAUUUUUCAAAGUUGUCAAAUUCAAGUGUGCAAGUUACUGCAUCCCAAAAGUCAUACUACUCAGACUUUGAUAAAUUUGAAACUACAUGUGUAACUGUUGCGACUCUGUGUAAAUUAGAUGUUGGCAAAGCUGGAUGGUAUUACGAUCCUACAUCUAGGCUUCGCAUAAUGGAACCUUCAUCGCCGGACGAUUUCCCAAGUGUUUCGAGAGCAACAGAUCCAUUACAAUUGCAGCAUACAUUACAAUUGCAGAGAUAUCAAGAAGCAACAUACAUUACAAUGAGAAGAAUAUAA